CGGGGGAAGGUAAGUGUAGCUGUCGUGUUGACACUUUCGGUUGACUUCCGGCGUGAGAGCAGAGAGAGGAGUUUUUGUUUUAGUAACAAACUUUUAACGAGCUGCUGUAGGAACAGAGCGGAGACAUGAAGCUGUUUGUUACAGCUGUGUUGCAGUUUCUGACGGUGGGACUCGUCCAGAGCUGGAAUGGCGACAGCGUGCUGCUGCGAGACGUCCAGGUGUUGACUCUGUACAAGGGUCACUACACCACAGCAAGGCGCUCCAGCCCCAUCCCUCAGCUCCAGUGCGUUGGAGGCUCAGCAGGCUGCCAGGCUUUCGUCCCAGAGGUGGUCCAGUGUCAGAACAAAGGCUGGGAUGGAGUGGAUGUCCAGUGGGAGUGUAAGACAGAUAUGGACAAUGCAUACAGGUUCGGUCACAUCCAGGUGAGCUGUGAGGGCUACAGCCACCCUGCUGAUGCCUACAUACUGAAGGGCUCCUGUGGGCUGGAGUACUCACUGGAGCUGACAGACGAGGGCCGGAGGAGGACACAAGGCAGCUGGGGCUCCCACAGUGGAUUCAAGGGAUUUGGAGGUCUCGGGGGCUUCGCCUCCAGUUUCUUCAGCGGAAACAAGCAUCAGAGCCAUCAGAGCUCGUACCCCUCAGGGAGCGAGGACUCUGGAGGCCUGCUGGUGGUCGCCGUGCUUCUGCUCUUAGCCUACGGUGUCUACAAGCUGUUCCUCAGUGGGAACACGGCCCAGGGGGGGCAGGACGGAGGACAGGCUGGAUACCCCAGAGAUAAUUACCAUGGCUCCGCUGCAGGGCCACCACCCCCAGGAUUCAAACCUGACUUCACAGGCUAUUCCGGUACCAACGCAGGCUAUGGUUUCCAAAGUGACUACACACAGGGACAACAGUACCCAGGAGGCCGAGCUGCUCCCGGCACAGGCGGAGGCUUCUGGACUGGCAUGGGGACAGGAGGGCUGCUGGGAUAUCUUUUUGGUCGUCAGAACAACCAGCCCUACAACUACAACUACCACCACAACUACCCCAGUUACAGUCCCAGAAAUCCUCCUCCUGCUACACCCGCCUCCUCCGGGACACGCACUGCUUCAGGUUUUGGAGGAACCAAGAGGAGAUAGGAUCUGUGGAAGUGGACAGAUUGUCCUCAGUGGGUGGUGCUGACCGUAAUUGAAUGAGAGACGAGCUCAGGGUUUGCUGGUGGCUGGUCAGACAUCACUAAAGCACCGUGAGAACAGCCUUGUUUUUCUGUGCACAUGUGCUUUGAGCUUUUGCUUGAAGGCGUCGGUGGUGAAGAACAUGUUAGUUCAGGAUUUCAUGUGAUUUAAGAAGAGGGUGAUCUUGUUCAGAUGUUGAUCGGCUUUUUGUAAACAGGAUGGCAUAUAUCAAUGCUAAUCCCCUCUUUCAUGUCUGGAUGUUAUUCCUGUGGUCUCUGUAGAGGGGACGGCUCAGACAGAGUCUCCGUCUCUCUCUGCAGUCUCCUCUUGACUCCUUUUGCAUUCACAUCGCAGGGAAAUCGCAGACAUGGAGAAAUGCACAUUUCUCUGUCUGUUCCUGUUUAACUGCAGCUGAACAGAGAUGAGAAUAAUGACUGAUACGGUUUGAAUUAAUAAAUCAGUAAAAAAAAAAAAAACAUUCAUCCAGUUUGCUUUCACCUGCCA